CGCAGCCAGCGGCGGCACGACUCGCGUAGCUCGCUUGCCGCCUCCAUGAACUAUGCCGCCUCCAUGAACUAUUUGUUACGUCCACGCGUUACCCUGUCGACGAUGAAUUUUUUCGCAAACACGUAGCGAUAUCGAACUGUUUCACGAAUCGUAGCACUUAUAUUGUAUGCGUAAACGUUUAAACUUGAAGGUGACUCUUUAGAUAGCGUCUGAUGUUAUGGAGUUCGAGGACUACGAAUGUCUACCGACGAACAAUGUGGUUACCCACAUGCUUGCGGGUGCCGCAGCUGGAGUCAUGGAACACUGUGUUAUGUAUCCUUUGGAUUCGAUAAAGACUAGAAUGCAAAGCCUGCGACCCAGUCCAGGUGGCAGGUACACCUCCAUCCCUGAUGCUUUCUGCAAAAUGGUCCGGCAUGAAGGUGCGCUCCGACCCGUGCGGGGCAUGAGUGCAGUGGUCGUCGGUGCUGGCCCGGCCCAUGCUCUGUACUUUUCCUGUUAUGAAAAGCUCAAACGCACAAUCAGUGGCACAGAACAUGGAACGCACAGUCCAGUUUCUCAAGGUCUUGCUGGCUGCUUGGCCACAGUGAUGCAUGACAGCAUAAUGAAUCCAGCUGAAGUGGUGAAGCAGCGAAUGCAAAUGUACAACAGCCAGUUCAAAAGGUGCACAGAGUGCUUUCUGUAUGUAUGGCAGAACGAAGGAGUACAUGCUUUCUAUCGGAGCUACACAACCCAGCUGUCCAUGAACAUUCCAUUCCAGUGUGUCCACUUUGUCACCUAUGAGUUCAUGCAGGUGGUAACCAACAAACAACGCACAUACGACCCAAUGGCACACAUGGUGUCUGGUGGUGUGGCUGGUGCAUUUGCUGCUGCUGUCACCACACCGCUGGAUGUAUGCAAGACGCUGCUAAACACACAAGAGACCUCACUACUAAAAACCACUCAUCAGCCUCAGAUCAGCGGCCUCAUCAAUGCAGCAACAACAGUCUACAGCUGUUGUGGUAUCAAGGGUUACUUUCGGGGAUUGCACGCCCGAGUAUUGUUCCAGAUGCCUGGUACGGCAAUUUCCUGGUCCGUGUACGAGUUUUUCAAAGCCAACUUAUACAGGCGUACUCCUAGAGAAAGUGAAUUCGGCUCUGCAGCCAGUAUAGACACUGCUGUUGCUAGCGUGUCCAUAGGUCGGUCUGGCACCAUAAGAACCAACUGACUCAUAGACGUGGAGCUGCUUGCAGUCUGGCUGCUAGUGUUACAAUUCGUGACCACAGCUGUGCCUCGCCCAAAAGAGCUAGUCACAUAGCCGGAACCAUGCGCACAAUUGUUCGAUCGCCACGAAGGGGGUGCUUAUAUUUCUAGCCGAGAUGAGCUUGAAGUAAGUAAGCUUUGAAGAUGAACAAGCUCAAAGCCUUCGUCUUUCAAAAAAAGAAUAAGACUGCUUGGAUGGAGCAGUUAAGCUGCAGUGUGAUGUGUGGCUUUCGCCUAGAUAUUUGGUCAUGGUAUGGCCAUUGGAGGCUGUUGUUCUGCUUAAUGUUUUACCCUAUUAAGUUGUUUGAUGUGUAAAAGGAGCAAAAUAGAAGUCAUCCCUGUAGCUAAGCCUCCCAGAAGUGGAGCAGCUGUAAGUUACAUUUUAUGUACAGACGUUGAAAUUCUGAAAACAGUAAUUAAGUAAAUUCAGUAGUUAAGUUUUAUAAGAAUCGUGCCGUUUCUUUUACUGCAAUUUCAAUGUCCUGGAGCUAAAUAAUUGUGCAAGUCGCUGAUGAAGACAUUGUUCAAGCUCUGUUAACGCUUGUGAUAUUUGUAAUUAUCUUGGAAAGAAAGCAGACACGAGAAAGUGAUGUAAAUGGUGGCACAUGUACAUAUCAAUAAAUGCUUCCACUAGUGC